UGCGAGGUUGUACGUUUUAUAAUCGUUGUAAUAGUCUUUCAAGUGAGGGAACUGUUUCCGAUGGUGAAAACAUUAUCCUUAGGAUCCCUGCGGGGCAGUAUACGGUUGAAACGCUAAAACGUCAAAUAGAUGGGGGUUUGCGUCUUGGUGAAAAGCCAAUCUCUAUUGAAGACUCGUCACUCGAAGCUCAUCGAAACGUCGUGUUGAACGAGCCGCUUGCCUGCCUGUUAGGACUCAAGACCAAGGAGCUGGAAGCAAACACUCAACACGAGAUACGGAUGAAGGGUCUUGAGGCUAUUUUUAUCCACUGCGACCUUUUGAACGCGUCUAGCUCCCUCAAACAAGGAGCCCCCUCACAAAUCUUAGCAUGUAUAGAGCUUGAUAAAGGAAAGAUAAACUUUAGUCCACACAGUCCGAUACAGCUUAGUACCACAUCCACCGAUUACGUGAGUAGUCUUCGUUUUAGUAUAAAGGACGGCGAUGGAAAUACAAUAGAGAGUGGCCUCUACCCGAUACGUCUAAUUUUAGAAAUUACUUAAAGAAUAGCCUCUCUCCAUAAUAAAACUAUGGAAGAAUACAAUUCAAUCUACCCAAAUGUACCACAACGUGGUGAUAACUUCAGACUUCAAAAGACCCACGAUGUUUUGGGAAGUUUGGAACAAGAAGUUAAACAUUACGAGAACGUGAGGAAAAAGUAUAAACGAGCGCAGAGCGUGUUUUCAAAGGGACAUAUUCACCGACAGCGAGCUAGUAUUCAGAACAGCAAAGGAGGCUAGUAGGUGGCUCGACGCCCCGAACCUCAGUUAUUGGAGUCAAGCCUUAAAUUUUGCUAUGUUUUGCGCUACUGCUGGAUGUGGUGUGACGCGUGACAUGAUUGACGACUCUCAAGUGGGGUCGUUCUACAGAUUUCAUAUCAUUUUCACUAUCAGACGAAUAUUAAAUGAGCUACAAUGUCCUCUUCCUAAAGAUAAGCUCUUUAGUUGGAAUAAAAACUUCUACAGCGAAGCAGCUUACCAAAAACUAAGAACAGAAUUCCGAACUGGCAGCGAUUUCCGGUUCCUUGGACCGAUAAAUCAUGGGUUAGGAAAUGUUUAUAACUACGAUUAUCACGGAUUGUCAUCUUCUAAGUAUAAACCCUAUGGUACCAUUGACCAAUUACACGACGAAUGGGAUGCUGCUAAAAGCGACGACGAACACAUGAAUCACUUUGAGAUCGAGUACCUGAAAGACCCUAGAACCGAGUUUCAGUACGAGUGGUUCUUUCCAGAAAAAUCAAAGGGACUAACCAAGGCUGGGUUGUCUAGGAUAAAUCAAAGCAUAGAAGCCUUUGUUUAUUGUAUUCUAGGCGCACAAGUUCAAACUCGGUCGUCAAUCAUCGGUGAUAGCGGUUCAGCCCAAGAAACGAAACAAGUCUUUUCGAAACUCUUUGAAAGCGCAGUGAUAGAAAACGAUAUAUCAAAAAGUAUACAAAGGUAUCAGUUUGCUUUACAACAGGCAAGGCAAAAACUAGACUUGGCUUUCGCCCUCGGUUGUUGGUUGAGCCCAUCGUAUCUUGUGAUAAAUAACAACACUUCAAUCGCUGGUUAUAAUAACAAAUUACAAAAAGCCACUACUGAUAUGAAAUUGGGGCUAAAUCCAAUAAAUAACGAGAUAAAAACGAUCCCAAAACAUAAUAUGGGUCAUUCAAAGAUUGUGUUACCUCAUACCGAGUCAGUCACGGCUCACAAACCGAAACCUGAAGCGAAAACAAACCCAAAGCCGGACGUGACUAAACCCUUGAACACGCAGCACGAAAAUAACCUUGUCAUGAUCACAGCCUUCACGGCUGGUUUGGCUUGGUAUCUAUUUCGGUAGCAUGUGAGAUGCACGUGUACGGAUGUGACGCAUUGCAAUAAAACAAUACCUGUUCACGUGCUAAACAAUAGACCGCAUACCAGAUCCCCCUAACAACCACGAACUCUCGAUGUAGAUACAAAACCUAUUCUCAGAACCGCUCGUUGUUAGGGUGGUUAGGAAUGUAUGACGUCACAUCAUCAUACGAGCCUAGCUCUUGCGAAGUAGGGUCAGAAGCAAUACGCAUUUUGUAACGCGCCUCACGUUACAAAACUAACUGGACCAAUAUUAAUUUCCGCUACACGUUCUACAAUGAUACUUUUGUCUGCCGUGUUUGCAUAUUUGAGACCCUCCGCAUAACUUACAAAAGAAUUUCUGUUUGUUGUGCUCACAUAUUCCUUUCCCCUUGCAGUCUUUACAGAUAUAUCUCACUCGUCUGUGCUCACAAAUACUACUACCAUUGCAAUCUCUACACCGCGUUUUUCUUCGAUUAUGGGAGCAUAUUUGAGAUCCGUGACAAUCUUUGCAAUAAUAUUUUACUUUGCCGUGAGGACACUUAUAAGUGUUAGGUGUCGGUUCAUCAAGAAUAUUAUGUGGUGGUGGUGGCUGCUCUUCAGCCGUACGUUCAACUGUUCGUCUCCCCAUUUUAUUAAACCGUUCACGUCUUUAAA